CUCCAGACUCACGCUCUGCAUGCUCUUGGCCGCCACCCCACUGCCACAAUACGACGCCUUAUACGAGGGCCUCUUCCAGACCGACAGCCGGAAGACACAAGCCUUGGGUUCUGACCGGCGGCGCUCGCUUGCCAAGCCAGGCCUCGUGGACGACGGCUUGCAUCAUCGCCAUCCCCCAAGCCGAUCCGCAACCGCCGCGAAGAAACCGCUCGACUUUCCUUCACACUAUCAAACCCCUCUACAGCGCGGUGCAUUGCGCAGUCACGCCCCACACGCUCUAGCUGCGCGCUGCCCUGCCGCUGCGUGAGAAGCCGUCCACCUGCCAACCACCAUGUCGAAGGUUGUCAGGAGCGUCAAGAAUGUCACCAAGGGGUAUUCGGCGGUAGAAGUCAAGGUUCGCAAUGCGACCAGCAAUGAUCCGUGGGGUCCCGUGGGCUCUGACAUGGCCGAAAUCGCGCAAAUCACAUUUAACAACUCGACCGACUUCUACCAGGUUAUGGACAUGCUCGACAAGCGCCUUAACGACAAGGGCAAGAACUGGCGCCAUGUGCUGAAGUCGCUCAAGGUCCUCGACUAUUGCUUGCACGAAGGCUCCGAGUUGGUCGUCACAUGGGCGCGGAAAAACAUCUAUAUCAUCAAGACCCUGCGAGAGUUCCAGUACAUCGACGAAGACGGCCGUGACGUUGGUCAGAAUGUGCGAAUCUCGGCCAAGGAAUUGACGGCAUUGAUUCUCGACGAGGAGCGAUUACGCGCCGAACGAGCCGACCGGAAGUCGUGGAAAUCGCGGGUCACAGGCAUUGAGGAGUACGGCGGCGGAUCCCAUGCAGGAGCAGGCAACGGGGAGCCUACAAGGCGCCCACGAGAGCAUCGGGUGAAGAGAGAAAACGAAGAAGAUCUUGAGCUCAGGCUGGCCCUAGAAGCGAGCAAAAACGAGGCCGAGGAAGAGAAGAAACGUCGGGAGCGAUCAUCUGCUGUGGCUGACGACGACGACGAUUUGGCAAAGGCUAUCAAGUUGAGCAAGGAGGAGGAGGAACUCCGGCGUAGGGAGUUAGAGCAGAGCAAUGCGGAUCUCUUGUUCGGCGGUUCUCCAACCACCACCCAGCCGGCAUCGUACCAACCCACCGGCAACAACCAAGGAUACCAGCAACAGGGUGCGGUGGACUGGUUCGGAAAUCUCGUUGAUCAGAACCAGCAGCAGCCUCAGAAUACAGGGUUCCUGAACAACGCGUACUCUCAGCCGACUGGCACCCAAGCACAGCAGACUGGCUUCCAAAAUGGAUAUAGUGGUUACAACGGUUUCCAACAGCAGCCUCAACAGCAAACAGGCUAUGAUCAGUUUGGUGGACAAGGGUUCGUGCAACCACAGCAGACGGCAUUCAGUGUGAACAAUCCCUACGGCCAGCAACUUAGCGGUUUUAGCGACGUGGGACAACUGCAGCAACUGCAGCCCCUGCAGGAGCAAAACACUCUCCAGCCUGGAAGCCAUAAUCCAUGGGCGACUACUCCCAAGCCUCAAGAAUCUCUCAUGCCUCAACCAACCGGAUCGAACAAUCCAUUCGCACAAUCCUUCAACCGCCCGCAAACGGCGCAGCCACAGAGGCAGCCGACUCUCAGCACUUUGCACGAACAGAAGACGCAAACCCAAUUCAACAACACAAACUUCAACCCACCUGUAUCAUUCGCUCCGCAACAGGCCGCACAGCCUCAGAAAGAGGUGGAUCCCCAUCAGGCCAGGCUCAACGCCCUCCUUGCCUCAGGUGAAGGUCAAGACACAUUUGGGAAUACUGGUAAUCUCCGUAUUCCGGCCCAGCACACUGCUCCUGGAACAUUCGUGAACUCUGCUGGCUCAGGCUUGAACAGAAUCAAUGCUAAUGCUACCGGGAAUAACCCCUUCCUCAACUCCCAAUUCACGGGCAUGCCGCAACAGAACCGGAUGGUGCCAGCUCAGACUGGUCCUGCAAGUGGAUUUGGGGCCAACCCCUAUGCUAGCAGCAAUCCCUUCGGAGGAGCCCAACACCAGCAGCAGCCUGGGAGCGGCAACCUGAUAGACUUGUGACACAAGGAGCAAGUGGGUGCGAGUGUUUUGCCAAUUUCUUAUGUUUGAUAUUUAGAGCGUGCUGUUACGACCAUUGUUCCCCUUUCAGUUCGUCCCUUCAUUGGGCUCGCAAAAGCUUCAUGGGCGGAGCUUUUGAGCUGCCCCGGCUCUUCAUGGAUAUGGAUACGGAGUGGUAUCGUACAAUUCGACUUAGUUCACUUCACGGGCACGGAGGCUUUUCUUUUUCUUGAUCUGCAUGCCGGCGGGUGGGAAACUUUGCAGGUGGCGCGACUUCCUUGCUUCGUGCAGGAAGAAAGUGAGAGAGGUGACGUUUUAGUGAUUCUAUCAAACUGAAAGUGUAUCUCAAAUGUCUUUAUAGACCGUGGAAUAGCUUCGACGCGCAAGCGUCAAUGACAAAAUUGGGC